GCUUUGGGAUCAGAGGCUCGAGGUCAGGCGGAGCUUCUUUGCGGGCGAGCCCCCCGCCCACCCUUCCGGUGCUCACGGCAGCGUCGCACUAUGUGGAAGCAGCUGGGGCGCCCUUUGCUCGGCCUCCGCGGGAUCCAGGCAGAUUCCAGUGGAACCAAAAUUUUCACUGCUGGCUUGAAGCAAUAUAAACUUCCACCAGAUUACAGUGGCAUCACUAUUCCUGAGAAAAACAGACUGAAAUUUGUUGAUAAAGUUCCAGCUGUACCAAAGGUCAGGCGAGAGUUCAAGAAUUUACGUGACAUCCGUGGUCCAUCUAAAGAAGCCACAGAAUUCACAGAAGGACAGUAUGGUAUUCUGGCUCUUGGUGGUGGCUAUCUCCGCUGGGGUCAUUUUGAAAUGAUACGUCUGACCAUCAAUCGGAACCUGCAUCCCAAGAAAAUGUUUGCAGUGUGGAGAGUCCCUGCUCCUUACAAGCCCAUCACACGCAAAGGCCUAGGGCAGCGCAUGGGUGGUGGCAAAGGUGCAAUAGACCACUAUGUGUCAGCAGUGAAGACUGGCCGCCUCAUCGUGGAAGUAGGUGGGUUCUGUGAAUUUGCCGAGGUGGAACGCUUCCUAACACAGGUGGCCAAGAAGUUGCCUUUCCCUGCUAUAGCUGUCAGCCGGCAAUCCCUGCAAGAGAUGCGGGACAAGGAAGAGGAGAUGAGGCGCAACAACCAGAAUCCAUGGACAUUUGAACGCAUAGUCACAGCCAACAUGCUUGGGAUAAGGAAAUAUUUGAGUCCCUAUGACUUGAAACUGAAGGGUCGGUAUUGGGGGAAGUUCUUUCUACCUGACAGAGUAUAAACAGGAAGUCAUGGGACGGGCAGUAUUCUGCUCCGAAGCAUAAACUCUUCCACAGACUUUUCCUGUAUUUUUAACUUUUUAUGGAUAAUGUGUUAAGGAUUCCCCAUGUUCUAUACUUGGAAAUCAAGUAGAUGUGGAGGGUGAUGGAGCGGCUGUAAAUACACAGAGCUUGGGUGAAUAAAAUUUGCCAUUUUCUUGUCCA